AUGGAUAACUUAACGUUUAAUGAAGGUAUUCUUGACCAGCUGAACAGUCGCUUGGCCCGAGAUUUCCUACCCAAUACCGUCAUACUCUUUGCAUACAUUGUGUUGGGACUUCUUGGUAAUGUAGCAGUCAUCUACAUCUAUAAGUUCAGAUUCCAAAAGUCACCCGAGGACAGACUCUUCAUUCCGUACCUGGCAGGUAUAGACACCUUGGCAUGUGUGAUUUGUUCUUCUGCUAAUCUCAUCAUCAAUUUUAAUCCAGUACGCUACCCAGGUGUUAUAUUGUGUAAAACUUUCUUCAUGUUGAGCCAGUUCGCAGCAGCAUCAUCAGCACUGAUGCUGACAAUUAUUGCCAUUGAACGGUUCCAGUUAAUCUGUCGACCUUUCAAACCGAAGAUGACAUUGAGAAAAAAGAGAAUGAGUGUAUUGUUAAUGCUAAUGUUUAUGUUUCUGGGUUCAAUUCCAAGUUUGUUCACCACGGGAAUAGUACCAAUAACUAACACGCAUUUAAAUGUUACUGGAUACGUAUGUGCUUCAGUGAAAGUUAUGGGAUCAAAGGUAUUUCCAUUUGUGUACAAUUUGUUGGUUCUGGUGAUCUGUGCUGGAAAUCUUAUUAUAUUAUGUACUCUGUACUUCAUGAUAGGGAAAACCAUUUAUAGUCGUGUGAAGAGCAGAGCAAGCAUGCAAAAACCAGCAGUAUGCGUGUCUUCGUCCUCCGAUGGUCUCGAUGAAGAAAAUCCUUCGACUUUUACGGAGACCAAACUCUCGUCAAGUCAGCCACACGGAAAGACUUCGAGGAAAAUGAAGACAGCGGGUAACAGAAUAUCGAUAAUGUUCCUCGUUAUUAGUCUGGUGUAUGUAUUGUGUUUCGUGCCAACAUUGAUUGCAAUUGUAAAGAGUCCUCUGGACAGAAACGACUGGGAAGAGAAAUCAACAGUGGAACGUUUGGGGUUACGUACUGCUAACGCUUGGUACAUAAUAAACAACAUUGUUAAUCCAGUAAUUUAUGGAUUCUUCGACAAAUCACUACGAAGGGAAAUAGCUUCAUGGUCGUAUAGCAUCUGUUAG